AUGUCCCUCGACUCCUUUACACAGAGCGCCGCAAGCUCAAAGACGUCUGUAGACGUUUCGAUGCGGUCCUCUUCCCCCACCCCCUCGGUGUAUUCGAUGACGAGUUCUCUGCGCGCUCAAGCCUACAUACAGGAGUAUGGGAGGGACUUGAACAAUUAUUCUGAUGUCUACCGUUUACCGGCCGACGAGGAAGAGCUGGAACGCCUUGACAAUCAGUACGUGAUGUUCUGCAAGGUCUUGGGAAAGUAUCCCCCAUCUCUACCGACCGUCCUGGCGGACGAUGGCUUUGAGGUCAAAGCAGUGCUUGAUCUGGGGUGCGGCAGUGGCAUAUGGAUAAUGGACGUUGCGCGCGAGUUCCCUCACUGUAGCGCGGUAGCAGUCGACCUCGUUCCCAUGCAAUCUAUACACAUGCCUGCAAAUUGCAGGAGCGAAGUCGACGACAUUAACCUAGGGCUAGAGCAUUUUUAUGGUGACUUCAAUGUCGUCCAUGUACAACUUAUUUCCGCUGGGAUCCGUGAUUAUCACGCCAUGACAAAUCAGAUAAGUCACGUCCUGAGGCCUGGUGGUCUUAUAGAUAUCACCGAGUAUCCAUUUUACUUUACGGGGCCAGACAAAAAGCCGAUAAUUAAACCAAAGGGGUCAUUUGAACCCCCUUGGACGGCCCUCUGGAUGUCGUAUGCUAGCAGGGCUAUCACGGCACGCGGUGGUUCUACCGAUGCGGCAUUGCACCUACCUGAGUGGAUAUCAUCUAAUCCAGCAUUCGAAGAUGUUGUGGUCAGAGAUUCAUGGAUGCCAGCGUCUCCCUGGCUAAAGGGAGACGACCCAGAAACGAUUUUCUGGAAUGACAUUGCUGUUACCCUGAGGGAGGAUAUGAAGGUGUUCAUGAGAUCUGGUCGUCCACUCCUCCUUGGUCACGGGUUGUCGGCGGAUUUCGUUGAUGCGAUGGAACACAACGCGUGUCAAGAACUUGAUGAAGCAAAGACCCCGCUUUACGCCCUCAUUCGGAACGUAUAUGCCCGCAAGAGGCUUUGA